ACAAACAUUUUAUGUGGGACAUUGCGCAAAAGAAAAAUAAGAUAUUAAGAGUGAUAACGUCAAAUCGAUUAUCCUUUACAUAUUUUGGGAUGAUACUAGUAUACACAGUUGGCAUCGUUAAUGAAUUAUGAUGAAUUCAUCAAAACGGGACCUUGUAUUCCAGGAACGACAAGGACAUUCAAAAAAGAAAAGGAUAUAAGUAAAGACAGUCACAAUAAGUUAGAGCACUCGCAGAUCGGUAUGGAGUGCUGUAAGCAGUGCGGCAAGAGCGUAGCCAACAUAAAAAAGCACAUGAAAUCACACAACCCCGACAAGCACGUAUGUCAAAUUUGUUUGAUAUCGUUGACCAGAUCUGACAAUCUAAAAAGACACAUAAAGUUGAAGCAUGGAUCGGAGAAGUCCUUAUUGACGUCAUUCAUGCGCAUGGAACACAAGCACUUCUUAGAUAAAUCCGAGAGUUAUUUGUCUUAAUAACUCUUAUAUAUCGCAUGAUGAAAUAUGCAACGCGUCCACGUGCAAAAUAUAAACCAAAUACAAAUUGUGCGAGGAUUUCUGAAUCAAUGAAGCCUGUCGGAUGAUCGAUUCAUCUCAGACAUUAGAAAUACAUAAUCUUCCUCGACACAUAAUGUCACUUUUGGCGCGUGACGUGAGCGCGUUUCAAUUGUAAAUUUUUUUUGGAUUUUUCCGACUUUGAAUUUUUGGAAAUUCAUGACUCCAUCUCGAAUUCUUGGCAAUUCAUAAAUCCUCGUACACUCUACAUACAUAACUUAUUUUCUUAUU